AGUAAAUCCUAGCCAAAGUGAAGCGCGAGGAGAAGGCAUCCUCCGGAUUGCUUGCCAUCACACCGGGAGGAAAAUGCCUUUUCCGCCAGCUAUGAUCAGUCUAAUUCACGCCGCCAAAAAGUAUGCAAAGGGAACCACUGUUUUCGCAGGAGAGAUAUCAACUGGUUGUUAAUUAUUUUUACGCGUAAAAGUGGCCUGCUAAUCAGAAGGAACCUGCGAGGACUUGGACCAUUAGUGGACCGGUAACAGCAAUGGCAGGGAUGUACCUCUGCUACCUUGUGGCCUUGUGGACUGCAUUCAUUGGCAUUGCACAGUGCUGCCCAGAGCCAUGUGUCUGUGUGGACAAAUAUGCCCAUCAGUUUGCUGACUGCGCGUACAAGGACCUGCUGGUGGUGCCCGAGGGGCUGCCGUCCAAUGUGACCACCCUUAGCCUCUCGGCCAACAAAAUCACGUCGCUUCUGUCCAAGUCCUUCAUGGAUGUCACCCAGGUAACGUCGCUGUGGCUCGCCCACAAUGACAUUGUCACCAUCGAGAAGGGUACGCUGGCCGUGCUGGUCCAGCUGCGGAACCUGGAUCUCAGCCACAACAAGAUCAUACAUUUCCCCUGGGGCGACCUCUACAACCUCACUGCCCUGCAGCUCCUCAAAAUGAACAACAACGAAAUGGUCAAUCUUCCCAGGGACGCUUUUGCUACGCUCAAGGACCUGAGAUCGCUGCGCAUAAACAACAACAGAUUCACGUCGGUUUUGCAAGGGACUUUCGACUCUCUGAGCUCGAUGUCCCACCUCCAGAUUUAUAACAACCCCUUCACCUGCUCUUGCUCUCUCGAGUGGCUGAGGGAUUGGAUUACCAAUGCCCAGAUCUCCAUCCCGGAGCAGAAUUCCAUAGUUUGUGAAACCCCCGAGAGUCUGAAAGGCACCCAGGUUGUGAAAAUCCCCAACUUGAAAUGUGAGGCCCCCACUGUUCGCAUAACAUACCAGCCCAACAUUGAGAAUACUGAGCUUUACGAGGGCUUCAUGCUGAUCCUGCACUGUGAAACCACUGGAAACCCCAAGCCAGACAUCAAAUGGAAAAUACACGCAGGGAAUCAAGAAAUCGAGUUCAGUUUGAAGGCUAAUGAAAAUGAAAAGAAUGACUUACCCAUGGAUAAUGCUAAGCAGGGUACUAAUCGCUUCCUUGUGUAUCAAAAUGGGACAUUGAUCGUCCCCCGUAUGAGCAAAAAGGAAGGUGGUAGUUACACAUGCUUAGCUACCAAUGACCAGGGUAGUGAGGAGAGCUCAGUCAAAGUAGCAGUUGCAGGCAUGCAGAAACAUGCAGUCAAUGCAAUGCACGAUGCAGUGAUAGAAAAGAAGCAACCAUCCGAACGCAAACCUGCACCGAAGAAUUCUAAAAACAGUGUGAUUACCUGGCCUGACGACGGGAGCAAGCGCUUACCAACUGGGGCAAGCUACAUUGCUGUGGACACUGAAAAUGAAGGCCAGGUGUCCAGAGUGCCAUCUUUUACCAAUAAAUGUGGAGUCAGCGAUGGCACUCAAUACAUUUCCAACCACGCCUUCAACCAGAGCUCUGAUGAGUUCAAACAACAUACCUUCGAUUUUGGGGUCAUUGCCUUAGAAGUCUCAGAAACCGAAGCUAAAGUUCAGCUUAACCCUUUUCAAGUGUCUGUGAGAAAAGUGCCCUUGGACAUGUUGUACCUGUGCGUCAGUACUGGCAAAGGUCACUCUGUGGUGCAGUGGUCCAAGAUUGAGGAAGGUGUCAAUGCCUACCGUUUCCAGGGCUUGAAUCCUGGCACCAAUUACACCCUGUGUCUGACUUACACAGGAGAAGACUGCCAGGUCCAGGUGGUUUUCACCACUAGGAAGAAAAUUCCUUCGCUGCUCAUCAUAGUUGUGGUGAGCACGUUUUUGCUUGCCUUGGCCACUGUUCCCUUGUUAGGGGCCACCUGCUGCCACCUGCUGUACAAAUACCAAGGCAAGACGUACAAACUGAUCAUGAAGGCCCAGAACCCCGAUCAGAUGGAAAAGCACAUGUCUGCCGAUUUCGACCCCAGAGCUUCUUACGUCGAGUCGGAGAAGAACUACAACGCCAGUGAGUCGGGAGAGGGCGAGGGCGAGGCCGAGGGCGAGGAGGUGGAGGGAGAGGAAGAGGUGGAAGGCAGUAUGGUAAACGAAUCCAUCCCGGAGUCGCAGUCUAAAACGAACCAAGAGGAAUUCGAGGUGGGCUCCGAAUACAGCGACCGUUUGCCACUGGGAGCCGAGGCCGUGAAUAUCUCUGAAGAAAUCAACGGCAACUAUAAGCAGCCGGGUCGCUGACGCAUUCCUAAUAGCCGGAAUUCAUGUAAAAUUGGUACUCUAAAGUAGGUUAAAAACCAGGUAACUUCUUAAAUAAAUCAUUAUUUCACAUGAGCCCUUAAAGGCGGCGCGCCCUUUUAACAUCCAUAAAAAAACAAAUCCAGGCUGGCCGAAAGGGAAACAUGUACAUAGCAACGAAUGAGGAUAAUUCAUGAUAUCAACUCCACACACAACAUUUGGAGUCAUAAAACGUCAAUGUACUCAAACAAUAUACGGCUUAAAAUGUCAAAAUUUGGGAGCAUAACUCCUUUAGUUGAUUACGUUAUGGAAGGUGCGAUUGAGCGUUUGGGGCACCUAUAAAAGCAUAUACAAAGAAAAUGUGAAUUGGGCUAUUACACAAAUAACAGCCUACUAAUAAUUAUUGAUAUUUGUAUAUUAAAUGGGAAAUAAGACGCACUAAAACGACAGAAGCAAAGCAUCUGAACUUCUCCUUUAUGUAGGGCUUUAAGUCGCUUAAUCUCAUUGUGGUUUUCACUCGCCUCUGUUUCAGCAGGUCGCGGUGCUGGGUAGCGCCGUUUGCUGACGAGUCUGUGCUUUGUCCCGUAAUUCUGUGAGAUCUGAAGGAAAUUUCACUUUUGCUGUAGCCAGGCCUCUGGAAGUGUUGGAAGACUCCGAGUCACGUCCAAAAGACAAAAGUGUUCAUGUGCCGUGGAGCUCCGAAAACGUGUGACUUUUGACCUCUUUUAAAUAAAUGGGUGCUUAAUAUCCUCUCGCUUUUUCAAAAAAUAAUCUGUCCUCUCUUUUCAGAGAUUCGUGUCCAUGGCAUGUCACACAUGAGUAUUUCAACGUGUCUUUUUAAUAUAUAGCGUAUAGGACGUUAGCUAUUCUUAAUGUCAGUAUGUGAUGUAAGCCCGGUAAAUAAAAAAAAACUGCCUUCUCUUUUACUGAAAACAGAAGGUCAGUUUAUGUCUGUUAACGUUAUGCGUCUAAACGUUUGACGGCUUUAAGUGUUCUAUAGACAAACCGACUGCUGGUUUUAAGUGACUAAAUGUCAAACGAUGUUUUAAAAAUACACGGACUUUGAACCUCUUUUGAUAUGAUUUUAUGUACGUGAAGUUAAUAAAAACAUUGAAAAUGA